AUGGCCACCAUGAAAGUGAAGGAUAAAAAGUUGAAAGACAAAUUAACUCUUCGACGGUCAUUACUUUCAACACUCGAGACAGUGGAAGCCUUCAUGGAUAAUUACGAGGAAGAACGAGAUUUCCCACAAGUACCAGUGUGGCUGGAGAUACUCGACCAGGCUUUCCAGGACUGCUUGAAGGUUCAAUCCGAAAUUGAAAGGAUGGACAAUGGAGACGCCCCGUUAGUGAAGCAUCUCCAGGAACGCCACCAGUUCCAGUGUAGAUACUGUGCAACCAAGGGAUGGUUGAUGAACAGGCGAUUGCUGGACCUGAACUCAACCAUCAAUGUACACGAUGCAGCUCCAGCUCAACCUACUAGCUUCCACCUACGGUUGCCAAAAAUAGAUCUGCCGAAGUUUGACGGCGACUAUUCACGGUGGCUGGGAUUUCGUGACACCUUCAAAUCGAUGGUACAUGACGUCAAGAACAUUCCACUGGUAGCGAAGCUGCAGUUCCUGCUCCAGUCUUUAGAGGGUGAGGCACGUACGCCUUACGAGACGGUGGAUAUAGUGGCAGCCAAUUAUGUCAUCACCUGGGAAGCCCUCCUAAAGCGCUAUGAUAACAAGCGGUUUUUAACAAAACAGUUGUAUCGUACACUACACGAUCUCGCUCCAAUCCGGAAAGAAUCUGCACAAGAUCUUCAUCAUCUUGUAGACGAUUUUCAACGCCAUGUGAAGGCACUGGCGAAGCUUGAUGAGUUGGUGGAAACGUGGGACACUCCACUGAUUUGUAUGUUGUCCUAUAAAAUGGACCCUGCUACCCUCAGAGCCUGGGAGGAGUAUGCAGCAAAGUCGGAUAAUGUUGGGUACGAAGCAUGUAUCGAGUUUCUCUACCAGCGAAUUCGGAUUCUGCACACAGUGUCAACAGAGAUCCAACAUCGUUCUCAAGCAGCACCAGCCAAGGUGGCCGGUCCCCAUUCCUUCAGCAAGAAGCUCCCCACUACGAAGGCGGUUGCCAACUCCGCUACCGCAAGUUCGCGUCCAAGUCCACCAUCCUGCAUUGCAUGCCCGGAGAAGCAUCUAUUGUUUCAGUGUUCAGCCUUUCAAAGAAUGACCGUUGAGCAGCGCCGCGAACUAAUUUCCCAGAAGCGACUUUGUUGGAACUGCUUCAAAUCGUCGCAUAUCGCACGGAGAUGCGACUCCAAGUACACCUGUCGUCAUUGUCACGAACGCCACCAUACGCUGUUGCACAAAUCCUCGAGCGACCCUGCAGCACAGUCAACACCCCAGUACCCGACACAACAAGCGAAUUCCCACGGAUCGGGUAUUUUGGUUCCCGAAGUAAGCGUUCCUGCUCAUAGCAGUUCCCCAUCAACUGUUUUCCUGUCCACUGUUUCGCUGUGGAUCGAGGAUCGAUUUGGAAGACAACAUUCUGCUCGAGCAUUAAUCGACUCUGGUUCGCAGUCGAACUUCAUCUCAAAGAAGCUGGCUCGUCGUUUGUGUCUACAGUCAGAUCGAGUACGUGUUCCCAUCGCUGGCAUCGGUGAAACAACAGUGACGGUUACCCAGUCUGUCAUCUCCACUAUUCACUCCAAGAACAACGAGUUUUCCAGCAAGUUAGAGUUCCUGGUUUUACCGAAUCCAACCUCUGAACUUCCCACGUCAAAUGUCGACAUAUCCAUGUGGAAAAUCCCGUCAAACUUCCCAUUAGCUGACCCUGCAUUCAACGUGUCGAGUCCUAUCGACCUGUUACUCGGAAUCGAACAAUUCCACGAAUACAUUAUGAGUGGUAGAAUAAUCCUCGGGAAAGGAUGUCCAGUACUAUUCGAGACUGUCUUCGGGUGGGCUGUAAUCGGUCGAUGCUACGGCACAACUCCACCAACUACUCCGGUCUGCCACAUCGCCACCACUCGAAAUCUGGAAUCUCUUUUGGAACGGUUCUGGGAGCUCGAAUCCUUGCAGUCCGACCGAAUCUAUUCUGCUAAGGAGAUCGCCUGCGAGGAGCUAUAUCAGGGUACUACGACUAGAAAAUCCGACGGGAGAUAUGUAGUGUCUCUUCCCAAAUCACAGGACCCUUACAUUCAACUCGGUGAAUCCCGUGCAAUCGCCGAAAGACGUCUACUAUGCUUGGAGCGAAAACUUGAACGUGAUGCAUCCGUAAAGGAAGCCUACCAUGAGUUCUUGGAAGAAUAUUCACGGCUAGGCCAUAUGCGACGGCUCGAGGAUCCGGUGGACAACUCCAUUUACCACUACUAUUUGCCACACCACCCCGUAUUCAAAGCCAGCAGUACAACCACGAAAGUACGGGUCGUAUUUGAUGCGUCCUGCCGUACGUCGUCUGGUAGUUCCCUCAAUGAUCUUCUGCUUGUCGGGCCAAUCGUUCAAGAGGAUCUUCAGUCAAUUAAAUUGCGUUUCCGGACAAACCCAAUCGGUCUUGUGGCGGACAUUGAAAAAAUGUUCCGUCAGAUUGCAGUUUGUCGCAACGAUCAACCACUCCUCAGAAUACUUUUCCGACAGAAGCCAACGGAUCCAAUCUCCACGUACGAGCUUCAGACCGUUACCUACGGUACCUCUUCUGCGCCGUUUCUCUCCACACGUACUCUCGUACAGCUCGCUACAGAUGAAGGCGAGAACUUUCCGAUGGCCAAAAAGGCCGUCCUCGAAGACUUUUACGUGGACGACCUCAUCAGCGGUGCAUCUACACCCGAAGAAGCCGUAGAACUCCGUCGACAGCUCAGUGCUAUGUUGCAAUCCGCCGGGUUUCCGUUGAGGAAAUGGGCCUCCAACAGUUCGGCAGUCCUAGCCGAAAUACCAUCGGAGGAAUUGGCAAUUCAGCCGGUUUACGAAUUCGCCGACGAGCAGUCGGUGUCUACACUCGGACUUAUAUGGGAACCGCAUUCCGAUACUUUGCGGUUUCGGAUCCAACUUACACCUCCUGCAGUCGAACUCACCCGACGGAAUUUACUGUCGUACAUUGCCAAGAUCUACGAUCCAUUGGGCCUUGCCGGUCCGGUAAUUUCAACAGCCAAGCAGUUUAUGCAGCGCUUGUGGGCAUUGAAGAACAACGAUGGGAAUUCCUACGCUUGGGACGAUCCACUUCCGACAAGGAUCCAAGAUGAAUGGAAAGCAUUUCAUUACCAAUUGAACUUGGUGAGCGAUGUUCGCAUUCCCCGAUUCGUUUCGGUGGCCGGUGCUACCAGCUUCGAAUUGCACUUCUUCUCAGACGCCUCCGAAAGGGCAUACGGUACAUGCGUGUACAUGCGAUCCGAGGAUCAACGCCAGAACGUUGUCGUCCACCUGCUUGCAGCAAAAUCAAGGGUCACGCCAUUGAAGACCCGCCAUUCCAUUGCCCGCUUGGAACUCUGUGCUGCAGUUCUCUCUACAGACCUGUUCCUGAAGCAUCACCCAACAGAUGGAAAACUUUUGUGGGCAACCGAGUGUCCAAAAUUCAAAUUGCGACAGUUGGUCAUCCAUGGUACCACGUGCCAGGAAAGGACAAUCCGGCCGAUGAUAUAUCCCGUGGCCUCACUCCAGCCGAACUUCUUCACCAAGAGCGAUGGUGGACCGGGCCUGCUUGGCUCAAGCAGACCAAGAAACAUUGGCCAACUCGUCGAUUCCGUGGCAUCCUCCAAGGCUGUCGUCGAAGAAUGUAAAGUGUGCCUGGCGGCACUCAUAUCUCCCACGAAUCAACUGUGCGAUUGGUUGUUCAACUGUUUCUCGUCGUAUACUAAGCUACGGAAGGCCGUGGCAUACUUCCUGCGGUACAUGGGUGUACUGCACGCAACAGCUGCCAAGAAACAUCCUGAUGGGGCUUGUGCGGCAUCCUCGAAGACACCAUGUGAGCCACACACACAUCUCACUGCAUCCGAUCUUCAAGACGCUGAACAUGUUCUGUGUCAACUAUCCCAGCGUGAAACGUUUCCGACGGAGCUAAAAGCACUACGCAAUGGACGACCAGUUGACAAAACAUCCCCUAUGAAAUUCUUCAAUCCAAUGCUCUCCAAGGACGGCCUCAUCAAGGUUGGUGGUCGUAUUCAAGACUCCAACUCUCCCGAAGGAAUGAAGCAUCCAAUCAUCAUCUCGAGUAAACACCGACUGGCACACCUGCUUGCUGAUCACUACCACCGAACUCUAAUGCACGCCGGACCGCAGCUGAUGACGACCACCAUCAGACAGAAGUUCUGGAUUCUACGAGGCAGAGAUUUAUUGCGUCAAGUGUACCACCAGUGCCAUACCUGCUUCCGUAGAAAACCGGUAUUGAUCCAGCAAGCAACAGCAGAUUUACCUAACUCCAGAGUGACACCGUCGCGGCCAUUUUCAGUCUCCGGUGUCGACUAUUGCGGCCCGAUCCUCUUACGUGGUCCACACCGUAGAGCAGGACCAGUCAAAGCAUACAUCGCUUUAUUCGUGUGCUUCUCAACGCGGGCCGUACAUCUGGAGCUCGUCAGCGAUCUCUCCACAGCAGCAUUCCUGGCUGCUCUGAAGCGGUUCAUAGCACGGCGUGGCAAGGUCUGUGAACUUCAUUCAGACAAUGCUACAAACUUUAAAGGAGCCGCCAACGAGCUGCAUCAUCUCUUUAAAACGCUUAAAACGGACGACAGCAGCCGAAAACUCAUUUUCGACUGGUGCGCUAAUGCAGAAAUCAGGUGGAAAUUCAUUCCACCGCGCGCACCUCACUUUGGUGGUCUGUGGGAGGCGGCGGUGAAAUCGGCGAAGAGUCAUCUUCUGAAGGAAGUGGGUAAUACAACCGUCACCCACGAAGAAAUGCUGACCCUGCUCGCCCAGGUCGAAAUGUGCCUCAACUCACGGCCCAUAACUGAGAUGUCCAAUGACCGAACGGAUCUAGAGGCUCUUACACCGGGUCAUUUCCUGGUCGGUUCGAACCUGCAAUCGAUUCCAGAAGCCGACUACAAGCAAUUACCAGACAACAAGCUCAACCGUUGGCAGCUGAUGCAAAAACGACUCCAGGCAAUUUGGAAGCGCUGGAGCACCGAGUAUUUACAGCAGCUGCAAGCCCGUUCAUCAAAAGGCAUCAAACCUCCCGUUGACAUCCGAGUGGGCCGACUAGUCAUCAUUAAGGACGACAACCUUCCCCCAGCCCAGUGGAUGUUGGGUCGCAUAACGAAGAUUCAUCCCGCUCAUGAUGGUAUCGUUAGAGUCGUCACCUUGAAGACGGCAUCUGCAGACAAUGUUGUCCGUCCUGUCGUCAAACUUUCACUUCUUCCAAUGCCAUCAAACGUGAACGACGUUGAGAAUGAGCCAAUAUCUUCGACGCCAGACAGUUCAUCGAUUCGUACGCAGCAGUGUCCGUGUAGUAAUUAA